UGAGCGCCCCUGUAGCUCUACAUCAGAUUGAAAACGUUUUACUUUUAUGUAUGUGUCUCCUUUAAUAUUUUCACUGUUGCUUUUUUAAGACCAUAUAUAAACUUGAGGGUUCGUCUCCACGGCGACUGGCGAUGGCGUCAUCAUAAGUGGACAGUGUUGUCAUUCUUGAAAUGUGGAAGGCGGUUGUCUUUUUAUUUGGUUCGUUUUAAAUUCUUCGUCGUGUUUUAACCACCAACAUUUGAAAUGGCUGACUACUGGAAGUCACAACCAAGGAAAUUCUGUCAGUACUGCAAGUGCUGGAUUGCGGACAAUAAGCCUAGCGUUGAGUUCCAUGAAAGAGGGAAGAAUCACAAAGAAAAUGUGGCUGCAAAAAUCUCUGAGAUUAAAAAGAAGAGCAUGGACAAGGCAAAACAGGAGGAACGUAUGUCCAAAGAGUUCGCAGCUAUGGAGGAGGCUGCGCUGAAGGCAUAUCAGGAAGAUCUGAAGAGGAUGGAAAGGGAGUCAGCAGGAUCCAGUUCACCAGCUCAAACAACAACACAGCCACAACCUCUGGCGAAACCCCAGGCGAAAAAACAGCAUAAGAAAGAGAAAGCAAGCAAGUCCAGAAACCAAACACAAGCGCAGGUUUGGGUUGAAGGACAGACAGAUGAUGGACACACGUACUAUUACAACACAAUAACUGGAGAAUCUCGAUGGGAAAAUCCAGAGGGUUUCCAGGAAGAAAGUUUGGCCUCUGCACAGCCUAGACAGACUGAGAGUUCUUCAAGCUGUCCUUGGAUGGAAGCCGUCAGUCCUGAUGGUUAUAAAUAUUACUUCAACUCAGAAACUGGAGAGUCCAGCUGGGAGAAGCCAUCAGACUUUCCUUCGGAUGAGGCAUCUGGAUCUGGAUCUGGAUCUGGGUCCAACAGAGAGGGAGAGAGUCAGGUGGAGCCUUCAACCCCUCAGCCGGAGCCGCUCUCAGGAGGAGAGGAGAGCUCCAGUGGGGCCCCGGCAUCUCAGGAGGUCUCAGAAGUUCCUGAACAAGCCACCCAGCAGCCCAAAUUCCCAAAGAUCAGCUUCAGGAAAAGGAAAGCAGAAGACGAGCCUUCAGAAGAGGAGGGAGAAGAUGAAGUGAGUGAUGAUGCUCCUAAAGAGGACGCUGUAGAGACGAAAAAGGAGGAAGAGGUCCAAAGCACGACAGCUGAACCUGUGGAGAAGAAAGAGAAAGCGACACAAAGGAAGACACAAGCCAAAAGGCCGAAAGCUACCAAUCCAUAUGGGGUCUGGGAACAGAUCCAGGAAGAGAAGGAUCCAUAUGCCAGUGUGGACUUACAGUUGCCCCAGUUUGAGGGAAACACGGCCAGCGCUCCAGCCGACCUGCCGCCAGAGCCAAAACCGAAGUUCAAGGAACGCAUCAUCACUUCCCUCGGAGAGGAAGGCGGACCUGCUUCAUUCAGGAAAAACAAGACACAGAACGGCAAAUCCAGGAGCCUCCGACAGAGAGACAACGACGACUGAAAACUUCAAGCCAGAAUGCAGCAGAAUAAGACUAAUACAGACACAAAACUCUUCCUAGGAACUCUUUUUUUUUUUUUUUACAUUUUGAUGCACCAUUUAGAUUUUUGAAGUGCAUUAAAUCUAUUAGGAGUGUAUUUUCUUUUACCUAAGAUGCACAAAUAUCAUCUUUUUCUCGUAUUGACAUUUUUGUAGGACAAAUUGGCCUGAGAAACUUUAAGACAAAGUAAAAAAUCUCUAAAGCUGUUUCUUAAAAAAGCCUAAACAAAAUUUGUUUUCUAAUCCUAAACAUGUCUACCACUGGAAACAAACUAUGUUCUUUUCUUCUGUCAUAAUGAAGGUGUGAAACACUUUUAUAGUUGUAUCUCAUGUAUACAAUAUUGUCAGCAUCCCAAUGUGAUCAUUUUAUUAAUAUGACGACAGGCAGAGUUCAAUUCAAAUAACUUUUUUGUAUUUUCAAUAUCUGUAUUUUUUUUACCAGCGUAAGUUGUGAAAAUAUAGUAAGGCAUCCUUGUGGAAACAUCAUUACAAUAUAGAAGUGUUUAAAGAUGGGAAAAUGUGAUCUCAAUAUUUUAUGAUUGUCCAGAUACUGAAAACAUAACUUUGUCAGCAGAAUUUAACUGAGUGGAGGUAAAGCUUUUCAAACAACUGAAUAAAGAAUAAUCAUAAUUAAUUAAAAUACAGGCCCCAGUUAGGAUUCGUCCACCUGGCACACAUACACAGGGUGUGACAUGCUUUUGGUGAGAGUGUGUGUAUUAAGCUGAUAGGUGGUUUCACCGCACCCUGAUUGGCAAAGAACCAUGAAGGAUACUUAACAACAAUAAACAGUGCUGAUGUCUGUUUACGUUUAAUGUAAAAA